GUCUAGAUAAAAGGACGUACUCCGAGUCCAGCAUGUCGGAGGUCGAGCUGUCCAACAUGCACUCUCGGGUGCCCCAUCUUCCUCACGACCCUACCACACCAGCGGCAACAGCCGUGGAUGAGGGGAAAGAGGUUGAAUAUGUCGAGACUAACGCGGCAGCGAACAGCGAGCAGCCCAGUCGUGCACAAUCUACCACUUUCCCCGCUACGACGCCUGCCAUGAAACUCAAAGCGAGAAUACAGUUCGCAACCUUGUGUUGGAGCUUAUUCAUGGCCGGCUGGAACGAUGGCACAACGGGACCUCUGUUGCCCCGCAUACAAUCUGUUUAUCACGUUGGCUUUGCCGUCGUGUCCUUGAUCUUCGUCUUCAACUGCGUUGGUUUUGUCACAGGAGCUGCAGCAAAUGUAUGGUUGACCGAUCGCCUUGGGUUCGGCACGGUCAUGGUUAUUGGCGCAUUUGCGCAAGUUGUCGGUUAUUCUCUGGAAGCCCCUGCGCCUCCUUUUCCCGUCUUCGUUCUCGGCUACGCGAUCAAUGGCUUUGGAUUAUCUCUCCAGGACGCGGGCGCAAACGGGUUCGUUGCUUCCCUCAAAGACAACGCCGCCACGAAAAUGGGCAUAUUGCACGCUGUCUACGGUGUCGGCGCUUUGUCUUCACCUCUCGUUGCGACGCAGUUCUCCCAGAUCACUCACUGGUCGUUCCACUACCUCGUGUCCCUCGGCAUUGCGCUCUCCAACGUCAUUGUCCUCAUCGCUGUGUUCCGUUUCAAAGACCAAGACACUUGCCUCGCGGAGAUCGGUCAAACACCGAGCCACGAUGAACAGAGCACCACAAACAGCAAGUACACUCAAAUAUUCGGCCUGCGGGCGCUUCACCUCUUAGCGUUCUUCAUCCUCAUCUACGUUGGUGUGGAGGUUACGCUGGGAGGCUGGAUCGUUACUUAUGUCAUUCAGCUGCGCGGUGGUGGCCCUUCCUCCGGUUACAUCUCGUCCGGCUUCUUCGGCGGGUUGACAUUGGGACGCGUUGGGCUGCUGUGGGUAAAUCAGAAGAUCGGCGAGCAACGCGCGAUCUGCGUGUAUGGCAUUCUGGCUAUUGCGCUCGAACUCGUGAUCUGGCUCGUCCCCUCCCUCAUCGGCGGCGGCAUUGCCGUCUCGUUCGUCGGCGUCCUGCUCGGACCCAUCUACCCCAUCGUCAUGAACCACGCCGCGCGCGUUCUCCCGCCCUGGCUACUCACCGGCUGCAUUGGGUGGAUUGCCGGCUUCGGUCAGGCGGGCUCUGCAUUGCUCCCCUUCCUUACCGGCGCCCUCGCGUCGCGCGUUGGUAUCAAAAGUCUUCAGCCUCUGCUAGUGUCGAUGAUGGGCUUCAUGGUCUUCCUGUGGGCGCUGGUGCCGCGUACCCCGCGCCGGGUAGACUGAUUUUCGCGCGGAACGAGUGCCCUGUAUGGGCGCGACUAUGUGUAUGUUGUAAGGUCCUCCUGCUUUAUCUGUU